AAGUGUAUUAAGUAGUUCAAUAUACACGGAUAAUAUUAACAAGAUGAUGGGAAUUAUCAGAAAAAACUAUAUGGAUAAAACAGUCGAUUUAUUAAACAUUUUACAUGCUAGAAGAACCAUAUAUCUAGUAAAAGAUAAUAAAAUACAACAAACAAAAGCCUCUGGAACAUCUUUAUCUAUUAAAGAUAUAUCGAAGCUUCCUAAGAAUGUUCAAGCAGCAUAUCUUGAACCUCUUCGUCAUCCAGCACGUUAUGGAAUUACUACAUGUUCAUUACAGAUGAGAAGCUUUGAAAUUCCUCGUCUAGCAUUCUUUGCAGACUUUUCUAUGAGGGUAGCAUAUUAUUUAGGACUUUCUGCAUCUGGACCAGUGCCAUUACCUAAGAGAAUUGAACGCUGGACUGUUCCAAAAGGUCCUUUUAUACAUACAAAGACUAAAGAAAACUUUGAACGCAUUACACAUAAGCGUCUUAUUACGAUAAAAGAUGGGCAUCCACGUGUGGUUGAGAUUUGGCUUGCAUAUUUAAAAAAACAUUCAAUGAGUGGAAUUGGUAUGAAAGCAAAUGUUUUUUAUUGGGAACCUAUGGAGAAAGAAGUAAUAAAAAGAAGUUAAAGUUCUUAUAAAAACUCUUUCUGAAUUAUUAAAAGUGCUAAUGACA